ACUCCUGGAGGGCAUUUCAAAGUGAAGGUUAUCCUAGGUUUGAAUCACUAAAAUCGCAGUAUGUCAGAAGAUUCGAGCACUUUGCAGAGAGAAUUAUCUGUUCAGCGUCCUGUCGCUCCGGAAUCAGAAUCACUUUAUCUUUUGUGCGGUAUUAAAAAACCUGUUAUACACAAUAUGGUUUCUACUGUGGAUUUAGGAUGUCCUAUUGAACUGCGUAAACUGGUACUUCAUGUCCGUAGUGCUGAAUACAACCCACGCAGAUUUCCUGGCGUUGUUAUACGUUUACGCGAACCUCGUGUAACGUGUUUAGUGUUUAGAACAGGUCGAAUGGUGUGCACUGGGGCACGCUCUGAAAUGGAUGCGAACUUGGGCUCGCGCAAGUGUGCACGUAUUAUACAAAAACUUGGAUUUGAUGUGAAAUUCAUGAAUUUUAAAAUUCAAAUAUGGUUGGUUUGGCUGAUUUGAGAUUUCCUAUCCGGCUAGAAGGUGUACAGCUGGCCAAUGAACAAAUGACCCAAUACGAACCUGAAAUAUUCCCUGCUUUAAUCUAUCGUAUUAUUAAACCUCGUUUGGUAAUGCUCAUAUUUGUAAAUGGGAAAAUUGUCAUGACAGGAGCUAAAUUACGUGAACAUCUCCAUGAGGCACUGAACAACGUUUAUCCGAUUUUGUACAAUUAUCGAAAAAUUAAAUAACAACGAUUAUAUAUAUGCAAAUCGUUUUAUGAUUUAUCUACCAUUGUAUAGUGACUACUUUAUCGUUUAAAAACUCGAAAAAAAUUCACUGCGUCCUAAUUUAUGUUAUGUAAAUAGUAAUUUCUUAUUGA